AUGUUGAAUAUUGUUGCUUCCAACCUGUUGGNUUUUCUCCGAGCAAAAGAGUUUCGAGAUGUUGAGGAGCUGACAAAUAUCGCUGCCCAGAUUGAAGAGGAUCUUAGCUAUGUUAGGCCUCCAGGACCUCGACCUUCUGCAUCGCAAUUCCAGGGUGAGAACCGCAGACCUCCAGGACCGGACCGUCGACAAGGUUCGCCUUCAGAAGACGACGACGACGGUUACUCCGACUCAGAGGUUUCCUUCAAGCCAAGGAAGACCAAGAAAGACGAGGAUCGUGACGUGUUAGCUCAGCUACAAGGAAGUGCUAAGGAUUGGUUUGUGCCAUAUCGACAACCAGCUAUCACCUACGAUAUCUGUACCGAGAGGUUUAACUCUCCCGCCGUUAUAGCCGCCGCUAAAACACAACUAUACGGGGAAAGACAGCGUGAAACUGAGCCAGUCACGUCAUUUAUUGCGAGGAAGCGGUAUCUGUUUUCCCGAUUUCCGGAAACAGCACAUGGUAAUCGAGAAACUAGUAUAAUUCUAGAAUUACUACGUCCAGAAUUAAGAUAUUUUCUCCGAGCAAAAGAGUUUCGAGAUGUUGAGGAGCUGACAAAUAUCGCUGCCCAGAUUGAAGAGGAUCUUAGCUAUGUUAGGCCUCCAGGACCUCGACCUUCUGCAUCGCAAUUCCAGGGUGAGAACCGCAGACCUCCAGGACCGGACCGUCGACAAGGUUCGCCUUCAGAAGACGACGACGACGGUUACUCCGACUCAGAGGUUUCCUUCAAGCCAAGGAAGACCAAGAAAGACGAGGAUCGUGACGUGUUAGCUCAGCUACAAGGAAGUGCUAAGGAUUGGUUUGUGCCAUAUCGACAACCAGCUAUCACCUACGAUACCUGUACCGAGAGGUUUAACUCUCCCGCCGUUAUAGCCGCCGCUAAAACACAACUAUACGGGGAAAGACAGCGUGAAACUGAGCCAGUAACGUCAUUUAUUGGGAGGAAGCGGAAUCUGUUUUCCCGAUUUCCGGAAACAGCACAUGGUAAUCGAGAAACUAGUAUAAUUCUAGAAUUACUACGUCCAGAAUUAAGAUAUUUUCUCCGAGCAAAAGAGUUUCGAGAUGUUGAGGAGCUGACAAAUAUCGCUGCCCAGAUUGAAGAGGAUCUUAGCUAUGUUAGGCCUCCAGGACCUCGACCUUCUGCAUCGCAAUUCCAGGGUGAGAACCGCAGACCUCCAGGACCGGACCGUCGACAAGGUUCGCCUUCAGAAGACGACGACGACGGUUACUCCGACUCAGAGGUUUCCUUCAAGCCAAGGAAGACCAAGAAAGACGAGGAUCGUGACGUGUUAGCUCAGCUACAAGGAAGUGCUAAGGAUUGGUUUGUGCCAUAUCGACAACCAGCUAUCACCUACGAUACCUGUACCGAGAGGUUUAACUCUCCCGCCGUUAUAGCCGCCGCUAAAACACAACUAUACGGGGAAAGACAGCGUGAAACUGAGCCAGUCACGUCAUUUAUUGCGAGGAAGCGGUAUCUGUUUUCCCGAUUUCCGGAAACAGCACACGGUAAUCGAGAAACUAGUAUAAUUCUAGAAUUACUACGUCCAGAAUUAAGAUAUUUUCUCCGAGCAAAAGAGUUUCGAGAUGUUGAGGAGCUGACAAAUAUCGCUGCCCAGAUUGAAGAGGAUCUUAGCUAUGUUAGGCCUCCAGGACCUCGACCUUCUGCAUCGCAAUUCCAGGGUGAGAACCGCAGACCUCCAGGACCGGACCGUCGACAAGGUUCGCCUUCAGAAGACGACGACGACGGUUACUCCGACUCAGAGGUUUCCUUCAAGCCAAGGAAGACCAAGAAAGACGAGGAUCGUGACGUGUUAGCUCAGCUACAAGGAAGUGCUAAGGAUUGGUUUGUGCCAUAUCGACAACCAGCUAUCACCUACGAUACCUGUACCGAGAGGUUUAACUCUCCCGCCGUUAUAGCCGCCGCUAAAACACAACUAUACGGGGAAAGACAGCGUGAAACUGAGCCAGUCACGUCAUUUAUUGCGAGGAAGCGGUAUCUGUUUUCCCGAUUUCCGGAAACAGCACACGGUAAUCGAGAAACUAGUAUAAUUCUAGAAUUACUACGUCCAGAAUUAAGAUAUUUUCUCCGAGCAAAAGAGUUUCGAGAUGUUGAGGAGCUGACAAAUAUCGCUGCCCAGAUUGAAGAGGAUCUUAGCUAUGUUAGGCCUCCAGGACCUCGACCUUCUGCAUCGCAAUUCCAGGGUGAGAACCGCAGACCUCCAGGACCGGACCGUCGACAAGGUUCGCCUUCAGAAGACGACGACGACGGUUACUCCGACUCAGAGGUUUCCUUCAAGCCAAGGAAGACCAAGAAAGACGAGGAUCGUGACGUGUUAGCUCAGCUACGAGGAAGUGCUAAGGAUUGGUUUGAGCCAUAUCGACAACCAGCUAUCACCUACGAUACCUGUACUGAGAAGUUUAACUCUCCCGCCGUUAUAGCCGCCGCUAAAACACAACUAUACGGGGAAAGACAGGGUGAAACGGAGCCAGUCACGUCAUUUAUUACGAGGAAACGGAAUCUGUUUUCCCAAUUUCCAGACACAGUACAUGGUAUUCGAGAAACUAGUAUAAUUCUAGAAUUACUACGUCCAGAAUUAAGAUCUUUUCUCCGAAUAAAAAAGUUUCGAGAUGUUGAGGAGCUGACAAAUAUCGCUGCCCAGAUUGAAGAGGAUCUUAGCUAUGUUAGGCCUCCAGGACCUCGACCUUCUGCAUCGCAAUUCCAGGGUGAGAACCGCAGACCUCCAGGACCGGACCGUCGACAAGGUUCGCCUUCAGAAGACGACGGCGACGGUUACUCCGGUAAAGUACAAACGGAGGAUAACUCGGAGGUUUCCUUCAAGCCAAGGAAGACCAAGAAAGACGAGGAUCGUGAAGUGUUAGCUCAGCUACGAGGAAGUGCUAAGGAUUGGUUUGAGCCAAAUCGACAACCAGCUAUCACCUACAAUACCUCUACCGAGAGGUUUAACUCUGCCGCCGUUAUAGCCGCCGCUAAAACACAACUAUACGGGGAAAGACAGGGUGAAACUGAGCCAGUCACGUCAUUUAUUACGAAGAAACGGAAUCUGUUUUCCCAAUUUCCAGACACAGUACAUGGUAUUCGAGAAACUAGUAUAAUUCUAGAAUUACUACGUCCAGAAUUAAGAUAUUUUCUCCGAGCAAAAGAGUUUCGAGAUGUUGAGGAGCUGACAAAUAUCGCUGCCCAGAUUGAAGAGGAUCUUCGCUAUGUUAGGCCUCCAGGACCUCGACCUUCUGCAUGGCGAUUCCAGGGUGAGAACCGCAGACCUUCAGGACCGGACCGUCAACAAGGUUCGCCUUCAGAAGACGAUGGCGACGGUUACUCGGACUCGGAGGUUUCCUUCAAGCCAAGGAAGACCAAGAAAGACGAGGAUCGUGACGUGUUAGCUCAGCUACGAGGAAGUGCUAAGGAUUGGUUUGAGCCAUAUCGACAACCAGCUGUCACCUACGAUACCUGUACUGAGAAGUUUAACUCUCCCGCCGUUAUAGCCGCCGCUAAAACACAACUAUACGGGGAAAGACAGCGUGAAACUGAGCCAGUCACGUCAUUUAUUGCGAGGAAGCGGUAUCUGUUUUCCCGAUUUCCGGAAACAGCACAUGGUAAUCGAGAAACUAGUAUAAUUCUAGAAUUACUACGUCCAGAAUUAAGAUAUUUUCUCCGAGCAAAAGAGUUUCGAGAUGUUGAGGAGCUGACAAAUAUCGCUGCCCAGAUUGAAGAGGAUCUUAGCUAUGUUAGGCCUCCAGGACCUCGACCUUCUGCAUCGCGAUUCCAGGGUGAGAACCGCAGACCUCCAGGACCGGACCGUCGACAAGGUUCGCCUUCAGAAGACGACGGUGACGGUUACUCGGGUAAAGUACAAACGGAGGAUAGUUUUUACUAGUUCAUUUCAUUAUACAAGUUUCUACAGUUUGAUUAUUUAUGUAUUUGUUCUUUUUGUGAAUUUUCUAGUAAAGAAUAAU